CGGAGUAUACGGACCGCCGAUUGGAUGGACAGGCCCAGCCAAUGACAGGCGGUGUUCCUGGGUUACUAGGCUAAAGAUGGCGGCGGUGAUGGAGCUUCACGGCCACGGGCACGGAGCCGGGCUCGGGCCGCACGGAGAGGGGUAUAGGCUCCCGGGGGAGGACGAGGAUGAACCGAUUGACCUCACAGGCCUAUCACCAGAGGAAAGAUGGAGGGUGGAACAUGCACGGAUGCAUGCCAAGCACCGGGGGCAUGAGGCAAUGCAUGCAGAGAUGGUGCUCAUUCUCAUUGUUACCUUGGUGGUUGCACAGAUUCUUCUGGUCCAGUGGAAGCAGAGACAUGCCAAGUCCUACAACCUUGUGACACUGUUCCAGAUGUGGGUUGUGCCUCUGUAUUUCACAGCUAAACUGCACUGGUGGAGGUUCCUAGUGAUCUGGGUGCUGUUCUCAUUAAUUACAGCCUUUGUUACUUUCCGGGCAACGCGGAAACCACUGGAGGGAACAACGCCCAGGCUGGUUUAUAAAUGGUUUCUCCUGCUCUACAAAUUGAGCUACGCCAGUGGGAUCGUGGGCUAUGCUGGAGUAAUGUUCACCCUCUUUGGCAUAAACUUAUUAUUUAGGAGUGUCAAACAUUUGACCCCAGCGCACGUCAGGAAUUAUGAGUGCAAACAACUGGUCAAAGAGAUAGGCUUUACAGAGCAUCUUAAAGGAAGGGAGAUCUGUCAAGGGGCUGAGGGGUUUAAGGAGGGGCUCCUGGAACGUACGGCCCAGGCAGCUGAAGGCAUAGUCACUAAUAGGGACUAA